CUUUCAUGCUUUUUUUUUUUGAUAAUGAGCUUUCAUGCAUUUAUUGUGUUAACAAGUCCAGGUUCGUUCACUUCGUUGUACUUAAAGCUGAACAGAGAUAAUCUAUCAGUUCAGUUUCAGACUCUCUGUGGGUCAAAAUGGCAACUUUGGAGGACUCGCUGGUCAGCUCCGAGCUCUCUCCGGCCAAUUCGUACGGCGCGGUUGUCCUCGGCGGCACAUUUGACCGGUUACACGACGGCCACCGCCUCUUUCUCAAGGCGGCGGCGGAGCUCGCCAGGAAUCGGAUUGUGAUCGGAAUAUGCGUCGGACCCAUGUUGGUAAAGAAACAGUUUGCUGGUAUGAUUCAACCCUUUGAGGAAAGGAAACAGAAUGUUGAGACUUACAUCAAGUCUAUCAAGCCAGAGCUGGUAGUGCAAGUUGAGCCUAUUACGGACCCUUACGGCCCCUCAAUAGUCGAUAAAGAUUUGGAGGCAAUUGUUGUCAGCAAGGAGACUUUACCUGGGGGAUUGUCUGUCAAUAGAAAGAGAGUGGAUAGAGGUCUUUCGCAACUCAAGAUUGAAGUUGUAGAUCUCGUUUCUGAAGGAAGUAGUGGUGACAAGCUCAGUUCAACAACAAUAAGGAAGCUCGAGGCAGCAGAGAGAGCCAAAAAUCAAGAGCUUUCUGAAAAACCUUCUGGAAAACAAAUUUUGCAGGUGGGUUUUUGCAGUCUUGCAAAAAUGAAUGAUUUGAUGACCAAAUCGUUCUUAAGUUAUGUGGACUUGAAGAAACAGGCCCAGAUGGACAUGGAAGCUGAGCUUGACGUUGAAGCAGGCCUAGGAGGAGAACUCAAUCCCAAAGACCAAGAGAACCUCUCUCAGUUCUUUCAUGAAGUCUCAGCAAUCAAGGCUGAUAUGGAAGAGAUCACCCUUCUCUUGUUUGACCUUCAAAGCCUGCAUGAAGAGGCCAAAUCCACUCACAGUUCCAAGAUUCUCAGAGGGCUAAGGGACAGAAUGGAGUCUGAUAUGUCUGCAGUGCUUCGAAAGGCCCGGGUGGUGAAGGCCCGGCUUGAGGCCCUUGAUCAGUCCAAUGUGAUUAGUAGAAAAAUGUGUGUGGAGUAUAGGGAAGGGAGCACUGUGGACAGGACUAGGAUGUCUAUCACGGCUGGCUUGCGAGUCAAGUUAAGGGAUUUGAUGGGUGAUUUCCAGUCCUUGAGGGAGAAGAUUCUGUCUGAUCACAAGGAGGAUCUCAAGAGGAGGUACUACAGAGCAGUUGGGGAGAUGCCAACUGAGGAGGAGCUCGAAAAGAUGAUUUCAGGGAGUGGGAAGGUUGUGAUUUUCGAGGGGAAGAGUGAGUUGGAAAUGGGGAACAAGGUCAGGCAUGAGGCGGUGAUGGACAUUCAGAGGAGCUUGACUAAGCUGCACCAGGUGUUUCUUGACAUGGCUGUGCUGGUUGAGGCGCAAGGUGAACAGAUUGACAAUAUUGAAGAGAAUGUGGCCAUUGCAGGAAGCUUUAUCAGUGGUGGCACAAACAGUCUUCACUAUGCUAAGCAGAUGAAGAAGAACAACAACAAAUGGGUGCUUUGGCUUUGUGCUGUGGUGCUGAUUAUAUUUCUGGUGUGCUUAAUUUCAAUGCUGGCUUCUUGAAGAGAGGGGUUUUGAUUAUUCUAUGGGAACUAACUAGGUUUGUGAAUACUUAUUUUUGCUG